AGGGCGGACUUUCUGCUGAGCGAGCUCUUCACACCCUAUAUACCCUGUUUAAUCUUUACUGUUCAGGACUUGGCAGUGUCUCCCCCUCUUCUUCUUCGUCUUCGUUUUCCCCGUCACGUUCAGUAGGCUGAAGACCACAAACCAACAACAACAUGUCUGAGGGAAAGAAAAUGACGUCCAGCCGUCGGCACGCUCUCAAGAGUUUGAUUCUGCAAAUUGCCGCCGGCUGGAUUGAGCAGGAGAAGAAGGAACUCGUGGUGGCGAAGGAGACCUACAUGGCCGAGAACUGCCCCAAACCCGACCUUGCCGGAGACAUGGCUGUCCUCAUGGAACUCUGCAAGAAGCUCCACCAGGCCAUCGAUAAGAUCGACGAAUCGAGGUACGACGCCCAGUCCAAAGUCACCAAGAGCGACACCGAGAUUGACGAUCUGAAGCUGAAGGUGGUUGAGCUGGCCGGCGUGAAGAAACCGGCCCUGAAGAAGGUUCGUAUGUCGGCCGACUCCAUGCUGCAGGCUCUGCUGGGAGGAAAACACAAGGUGACCAUGGACCUGAGGGCCAACCUGAAGCAGGUCAAGAAGGAGGUCAAAGAGGAGUCGGCGGAGGCGGGUGACUGGCGUAAGAACAUCGAGGAUAAGGCCGACAGGAAGAAGAUGUUCGAGACUUCCUAAAAACCUUCCCGAGGCGGCGAGGACGACGGCAGGGGAGACGUCUCCGUCUGAGGUCUGAGUGACUGAAUGUGUCUCUGAGUCCCAGCAGGACAGUUCAGACACUGUUGUUGUUGUUGUUGUUGUUGUUUUUGUGAUACAUCAGUCAUUAGAAAUAAAUGUGUUGAAAUACAGA